UUUGUCUUUUGUUUUCUUGCUGGAUAUUCGAAUGUUAAUGUUUUGAGGGUUAUGGGUUAUUGUGUUCAGGCUUCAAUGUGUCACUCACUGGAAACCUGCGUCUUUGCAGAUUAAUGAUUUUGAAAACUGAGACGUUUAAUUAAAUUGUUUCCUACUAGUCCUCAUAAUGCAUUCGGAGGACUUCAGAAUCAGUGUCGACAAACCUGGCUUGAAAUGUUGUGCUCGAGACUGCAGUGGCACCGAAGAAGAUGGCAAAUUCCUCUUUAGUUUUCCUCCAGUCACUAAUAAGAAAAGUAGAAAGAGGUGCCUAAUGUGGGUAAGGAAGGCUGGCAAUGUGGAGCUUUUGAAAUACAAGCUGACCGAAUUGACUGAUAAAUUUUAUUUGUGCUCGAGUCAUUUUACUCACGAGGAGCAUGAUACAUCACACCGAAAAAUCCCAAGUUCUGCUCUACCAGUCAAGUUUGAUUGCACACCUUUAAGAUUCGACCUUCUUAACGUAGCAUUCUCUGAAUCAUCCGAGCUAGAUAAGAAAUCAGGUGAAACUGAUACCAAAGAAAAUUGUGAUGAAUCCCAGGUUGAAGUAAAAGCAGACAAUGGUCCAGAAGAAAAUCAAAGUGAAAGUAAAACUGAUGAAAAGGAAAAACAUUUUCAACCAGAAGGGAGGGAAGGCGCGAAAGACCAAGAGGCAGAGGAUACUUCUGCUUCUCUUCUAACUAACAAAACUGACUCUCAAGAAAAUGAUAACAGUUCUGAAACACAGAGUAAAAGAAAUGAUUCUGACUCAAUAGCGAUGAAGAAUCAUGCUGAUCCAAUAGCCAACAAAAGUGAUGAUAAACUACAAACUGACAAAAGUGCGUGUGAAAUUUCCAAGAAGAAUGCAGAACCUCAAGAUAAUCAAAGUUGUCUCGGGGCCAGUGAGAAACAGAGUGAUCCUGACUGCCAGUCCAAGGAAAAUACUGUUAGUCAACCAUCACCAAACAACACAUUAAGUCAAACAGUAUCAGAUAAGUCACCAAGAAAAUCUCUAACUGAAUCGGUUGCUCAGUCUGAUAAUAUUGUAGUCAAACAAGAAGUGAUUACAGACGAACAUGUUGAUCAAGUUGAUAGUCUUCAAGAUAAAGCAAGUAAAACAGUGGAAGAAACAAAGACUCCUGGAACUUCAUCCCCUGAAAAAAGCACCACAGAUUCUCCAUCAAACAAAACUCAAAGACGCAUGUCUGGUCGAAAGAGAGAGACUCCAACAAGGAAAGCUAAAAAUGAUGCUUGUGAUAGGCUGAGUGGGAAAGGUAAAAAGGAUACUGAAGAACUUGAACCUGAAAAAAAAAUACCUAAGGUCGUUGCAGGAAAAAAGAAAAAUGCCAAAAAAGUUAAAGGUAAUUCAAUUAAAACAAUUGCACCAAAAGCAUCGGUUGAUUCAAUAGAGAGAACGGUUGCGAGAUCUUUUAUUGUCUCUAAAGACAUUCUUUCAAAGUUGGGCUCAAAAUUAGGGGUUCCUGCCAGCACUGUGUCCACUGCCCCUGAAAGAUCUCCAAUUAUUACAGGUGUGUUUUCUAAUUAUCAAAGUCCCCAGAAAUCGAACACUCCAGUCAUUACUAACAUUAGGAGUCUGCUGCCCCAGAAUGGAAUGGAAAAUCAGUCAGCGAGAUCAGACAUGGGUCUCAAGACCUCUCCUAGUAAUUAUCUCCCCUUUGGAAGCAGUGUUGAACCAAUUUUAAGAACCACUGGUACCCAAACAUCUGUUGCAAGGACUAACAAAUUUUUAAAUAUUUUGGACUCUGAUAGAAAACUAUGUGUAUUUAGUGGUAUACCCUCUUUUGAGGUCCUUGAGAAUAUCACUGAUGCCACCCUCAAAAUGGUAAUGAAUAGUGAAGCAAUGAGAAGUGAUAUUCAGCCAACUAUGCGUGAGUGGAUUAUCAUAACAUGUACAAAAUUUAUGCUAAAUAUUUCCAUAGAGGCCGUUUCAAUUAUGUUUGGAUUAGCUGAAGACGAGUGUCUACGAAUAGUUGAAAAAACUAGUUUAUUUCUGAGAAGAACACUGUCACUACCUGAUGGUCAGAAAUAUGUUUGGUGUUUACCAGGUGAUGUGCUUAAUGGCAUUGCUGACUUUUCAGAUGGUGCUGUGAAUGUUGGUUAAGUAGAAAGACUGCAACAACGACUUUUAGUUGCUAUCCUCGUUGUUUUGAUGAUUAAGAUUGCAGGAGUAUGGAUAUUGAUAUUAACCGUCAAUUCCACAUGCGUAGCCUUGUAAAUCAACUUGUAUUACCCAUUCUGCUCAUGAACUGUAGUUAGGAUUUGAUUUCAAUUAAGCUUUCGUUUAUAUUUGUGUAAAUAAAUUUUUAAACGCUUCUUUAA